AUGCCUGUGGAGUUUGGACUUUUGGAGAGUGGGUUUGAUGAGAGAACCGGGAUAGUUCAUGCAAAUGGAAUUAAAGACUUGAGUGCAACUUGCAAGGUGUUUGAUGAAAUGUCGAAUAAGAGUAGAAGUGGGUUCAAUAGAGGUCAAACGGUCUAUCAUGAAAUUUAUAGCCCUUGGACCAUUGAUCCCUUUGAUGCUCGAGAGGUUGUUUUAUAUAGCAUGGGGUUAGAGAUUGCUGCCUUGUCAUUUGUUUUUGCUGCAUUAGCUUCCCUUUUACUUGAAAACUUUAUGUCAAGUGAUAUUAUCAAGCAAAAUCUUGAUCUCUUUUACACAGUUGAUGCUGGUGGGUUGGGUUUGUUUUUAUUUUUCAUUCACAUUUAUAUUAAUGAGAUUAAGCGCACACUUCAAGCACUGUGGGGACUUGGAGCUAUUGGAUCUUUGGCAACUUACACGGUUAUUGCUCUUUUGGCCACUAUGCCUUAG